AUGGCAGAUACUCAAGAGUUCCGCUUCCUCGACCUACCCAAGGACAUCCGCUUGGAAAUAUACGACCUAUUCCCUGCCGAAACCCGUCGCUACACGGUCCGAACACUUCGUGAGCCAUCCAUCACGCCCUUCACCCUGGUCUUGGAACGCAUCCCGUGCAUGGCACUACUCACAACCUGUCGCCAGAUAUUCGACGAAGUUUCUGCCAUGCUAGGGUCAAGGGUGGACGGCCAGCCACUUCGUAUCUUCGCCGAUGCGGAGGACUUGUGUGACAACGUCAUCAGCGUUAUAGCGUGUUAUGCUUUACCUAACCUUCGCUGUGAGAGCCUGAAGACACGUAUCGAGCGCUAUAGUCCUAGUCGCCAAAAUGGCCCCGAAGAUCAGGAUGUGCCCGAAGUUCCGCAUCAGGCUCUACGUCACAAUAUAACGGCAGCUGGCUCGAAGCUAGAAAUCGAGAUAGCUCUUGAGCUUGACGGUGAUCUCAGACAGCCUUCCCUGAACCUGCAGCGCACAAGAGGUUAUCUCCGCAUAUUCUAUAAGUGGAUUGUGAGCAGAGGAGCAUCUUACUUCUUUCGCGACGACCACAUCAAUAUCACAAUCAGGCCCAAGCCGACAGCAGGUAUGAGCGAGAAAUCAAUCAGCGAUGGACGAGUGUUCGACUUCGAGGAAUACCCGAAGGAGUUUUGGCUUGGGAGGAUGUGGACUUGUCAGGUCGGUGAGUGCAUCACUGAGAGCGAGUGGCAACGCAACUGGGAGGAAGGCAAGCGCUUCGGGAGGUUGAAGCGGAUGUAA